GGGGAGAUGUGGCUGUCUGCUGGGUUGUGUUGUCAAUGCGUGCAAUUUAUCAUAACAUGUGGUUAUAGUACGUGACAGAUGGAAUUUUAGUGUUUGUAUAACUAAAAUUUGUUGACGUUUGGAGCUCAUCCGUGUGUCUAGGAGAAGAUGAUUGAAGCUUCCGGAGAAAGGACUCUUACUGGUCAUCCAUAUGACACCACUCAAUACUACAUAGGGCUAGGGCUUGCUGUUAGCUCCAGUGCUUUUAUCGGUUCGAGUUUUAUUAUAAAAAAGAAAGCACUGUUGAGAUUGUCACGUUCUGGCUCAGUGCGGGCUGGCGCUGGAGGAUUUGGGUAUCUGAAAGAAUGGCUCUGGUGGGCCGGCUUUUUGUCUAUGGGGGUGGGUGAGGCAGCUAAUUUUGCUGCAUAUGCAUUUGCACCUGCCUCACUGGUAACACCACUUGGUGCACUUAGUGUACUGGUUGCAGCAGUCCUGGCAUCAUAUUUUCUUGGUGAAAAACUGAAUCUUCUUGGCAAGAUGGGAUGCUUUCUCUGCAUCUUGGGCUCAACUGUUGUUGUCAUCCAUUCUCCAAAAGAAGAAGAAAUAGAAAAUUUGGACGUCUUGAAGCAGAAACUAUUAGAUCCAGGUUUUGUGUUCUAUGUUUUCCUAGUGUUGGCACUGACACUGGCAAUUAUAUCAUACUUCGGCCCACGAUAUGGACAACGAAAUGUUGUGGUUUACAUUACGUUAUGUUCUGCAAUUGGUUCCCUCAGUGUUAUGAGCUGUAAGGGCCUAGGACUUGCUAUCAGGGACACCGUUACAGGGAAAUCAAAUGAGGCAUCCAACUGGCUUACAUGGCUUCUGCUGAUGGCUGUUAUUCUCUGUAUUUCAAUACAGAUGAAUUACCUAAACAGAGCACUUGAUCUCUUUAACACUGGUAUUGUGACUCCUAUUUAUUAUGUUCUUUUCACGACACUAGUAAUUGUGUCAUCAGCAGUGUUGUUUCGUGAGUGGCAGGAUGUGGGACCUGAAGACAUUGUUGGAGGCAUGUGUGGCUUUCUUACUGUUGUAACAGCCAUAUUUCUACUCAAUGCAUUCCGUGAUAUUGACAUUUCGUAUUCAGAUGUGAGAAGUAUGUUGCGUCCAAGAAAGACAGGUAUUGUAUCUGUGGGAACUGAAGGAAACAGAGCAAAUGGAGUUUCUGCUUCAGCUGUUUACAGAGACACAAAGCGACUGUUAGGCAGUGAUGAUGAAUCUUCAUCAUAUGGCAGUCCUGGUCCAACUCCUCCUGUAUGACCCAUGGCUACUCCUGCUACAUUUCGCAGGCUUCAGUCUUCAGGACUGUAUCCAUAGUGUUUUUAUUCCCAACAACUUUGAAAGAUAUGUACAAAGAUAUUUGUAUUAUUUUUUCUGUUGGAGAGACUGAAUCAGGAAAUUAUCUGUGAUUGUUGAUAGCUGUGAUAUGUGCAACAGUGACAGCCGGUUGUAAACAGUUUUAUGGCUCUGUGUUUGUCACUUAAACAUGGAUGUGUGUCUUUUGCAUGUAUAAAUGUAAUGUAUUGUUGUGUGGUAUUUAUAAGACUUGAACUUAUUUAUUCAUACAAUUGAGUCAUAUUCAGUGUACAAAUAAUGAAGAUAGUUAUACUAUAAUUUGUUAGUGAUACCAUUUCAAUGUUUAAUGGUGAUAGUCUGAAUAUUUAAGUAAUUUUCAAAUUAACAUUCACCUUUUAGUUUCUGCUGUGCCACCCCACUGGUUACUGCAUUCAUUUAAAUAAGUUUUUAUACUCAGAUGAUUUUAUUUGUUGAACUGAGAGGAAUUUUCAUGUGUUUUAUGCUUUUUUUUGUUAAAAAAAUCAGAAAGUGUCCAAAACUGCCGGCCAGAGUGGCCCAGCGGUUCUAGGCGCUUCAGUCAGGAACCGCGCGACCGCUACGGUUGCAUGUUCGAACCCUGCCUCGGGCAUGGAUGUGUGUGAUGUCCUUAGGUUAGUUAGGUUUAAGUAGGGGACUGAUGACCUCAGAAGUUAAGUCCCAUAGUGUUCAGAGCCAUUUUUUUGUCUAAAACUUGAGUUGUUAGUGUGUGCUCAUACCUCAGCCAGUGAUAGAGGAAUUAAGUAAAGUAAACCUCUAAAGCCAUACAACAAUGGAAAAUCCAUGAUUGAAUGUAAAUAUUACCCUUAUACUGAAUCAGUAAACCAGAUGUUUUUUUUUUUUUUUAAAUGGAUAUUAUGAUAGUACCAAAACAUAUUGAAUUCUCAAUGCUAAAAGCUGAAAUUUCCAUCUAUAGAUGAAAUGCGGAUAGUGCUUAGUUGCACACAUAAAUACCAGGUAAUUUUCUUCCUGCAGGUUUGGAUCUUUUUAUUUGCAUCUUUGCACCAUCCGAAUUUCAGUUGUAGUGGCCUGUAUUUGUUAUAUGUUGUACCUCCAUUGUGACACUUAAUCUGAGUGUAGAAUUAAGAUCAGUAUAGAAUAACUGAAUAUAUGCUGUGUCUGCCCAUAAAUAUACAUUUUCAGCAGUAUGAAGAACAAAUUUUUUUAUCAUGUACAAUAAAAGCAGUGAGUGUGUGUGUGUGUGAUGUGGUGAUAACUUCAACUGGUUGCAUGACUUUUCAGGUGCUUGUAUUGUUAAUGUGAAGUUCGGAACAAUUAGCACACAGCAGAUGAUGACAUUUUUAGUAUAAACAAUAUUAACUGUAAACUUUUAAUAUGUUAAGCAUAAUUGCGGAGUGUUGAUGCUACAAGUUAGAAAAUCUUUACUUUGUGGAUGGCUUAAUUAUGCUGGGAAGAAUACAGUCAACUUCCAGAAAUUGAUUAUAUAAUGAAAACAUAUUGUCCUGGCACAGUGAUAAUCAGAAAUAGCGAUGUAGACUAUCGCUACACUUUCAGGUGACCAUUCAGUCAGAUAAAGUAGUCUGGAGAUACAUGCUUCAUCCUUGUACACAUCAGUAUCCUUUUUGUCACUCUAAUCAGUUCCUUUGUCAGUUCCCUCUUUAAAAACAUGUAACUGUGUAGUUAAUGUGUGUGUCUUGAGAAAAAUGCUGAAGUAGUUCAUUUGUACGUAGCUGUAGAAAUAUUUACAGAAAUAACUAACAUAACUCUUUUUCACUAAACAUGCAAAAUGAAACAAAAAUUCCUGGUUCUGAUAGACAUGUUUGAAUGAUAAAGGAGAAAUUCUUGUAUGUACAAGAUGUCUUUAACAUUUCUGGGAUUGAAAUUCCUGUCAUCUGUGGGAAAGCAAACAAUUUUUUAAAUUAUUUUAUCUAUCUUUGCUCUCGGGUAGAACCACGUGUAAACUAUUCUCAGUGGCCUGAUUUUAUGUGAACUGUUGGCACACAAAGAAAUUCAGCAUUAUAUCAAGUCAUUUCAGAGUUGCUGCAGCCUGAAGUUCCCUGUAAAUGAUCACACAAUUUGCCAACUUUACUAGUUUCGUCAAAUAUUUGUCUAUGCCAACUUUGUUUGACAUGUUUAUAGAACAUGUUUGCCAACACACAACAAGAAUUUCAAUCCCAGAAAGGUUUAGGAUACCUUGUACAGGUAAGAAUUUCUCCUUUACUAUUCAAACAUAUUUAUCAGAACCAGAAACAUGAAACAUUCAAGUUUCAUUUAAUCCUCUAGGUUACACUUCUAUCACACAAUGUAAAAUGAUAGCAAGUAUUAUCAGUUGUGAUGGUGGUGCAAAGUCAGUGAUGGAGCCAAUACAGUCUUUCCCUGUAGGUGUGUUCAUAACUGGUACCCAAGGAAGAAAGGGAAAUAGAAGAUUCCUCUACAGUCACAGCACUUUACUGAUUUGGUAUCAAAUUUGGUUAUUUUAUUGCAAGGUUCAAAUAUCUCUGGGAGGACCUAAUUAACACCUUGUUGCUAUAGUAACUUUCAAAAAGGUGCAUGUUUGUCCCAUGUUUGCAACUUCCAGAAUUGGGAGAAAUUUUAUUUGACAAGAUGGUGGAGAUUACGUUUGUUGUUUUGGGACGCAUGUUUAGUGAGGAGUGUCAUUACCUUUUAUCUUAUUGUAUCAUGAAUUUCACAAUUAUGGAAACAAGGAUAAGUGAUAGAAAAGGUUACCAAAAGGGUAGAAGUACUAAGUCUUUUGCAGCCAUAUAUUGCGUAUUGUGCAGGAAUAGGUUAAGAAAAAACUCAAUGUUUGAUGCACAAAAAAGAAGUGGGAGUACAGUAAAAUAAUAAAAAAUAAAAUAAAAUAAAAUAAAGGAAGCUCUCUGGAUUGUCUGUGGACAAUGUAUAUUUUCCCAUGUUGUGGUAUGUUAAUGAACUUUCAUUAGAGGACCAAGUAGAAGAUAAAUUUUCACAUAACUGUGUCUUCCUUUUCCAAGUGAGUGUGAAGUAAUUUUAACAGGUUAUUAAAUUUUUCACUACCAAUUUGGAGAAAGUUGGUGUAAUCAUCAGGUUCUAAGUGUAAUAUUUCCUUUAGAAGAUUUUCAUGAGUAUAUUUAUCUUAUAGUUUCAACCAUUUUCUGGACCAGCAUCUUGGUUUUUUUUCUCUUCUUUAUACAGUGCGAAAGCCAAUGUAAGAGAUGCUUCACCUGUAUAAGUAGCUAUUCCGACGAAUGUCAAAACGUCCCACUACACGAUACACAUAGUGUGAGAGCUGCUCCAAAAGUAGCUUAAGUUUUUGUCGGCAUGUGAGCGUGCUUGUUUGACAAACCUGUGUAUAGGAAACAACAAACUUGACAAACAAGUUUUAUCAUUAGCAGGGGCCUUAACAGAGAUACUCACAUAUAAUUCUUCACCUUCCGCAAGUAUCACAGUGUUCAAAAUGUGUGCCUCAGACCUUCCCAAGGUAUUUGACCCUAUAUUAAUUGGUUUCUCUCCUCAAUAACCAGAACAUAUGGCAGUUAAGACAGAACCCAAGCAGCUACUUCCAGUUGGUGAGACCUUGAUGAAUUUACCUUUGGGCAUAUUUUGUGUAUAAUAAUUAGACACUGCCUAGUUCUCAGUCUGACACACAUUUUGCCACACUACAGCUGCAUAUUUAAACUGGCGACAUUCAGGUUCUGCUAUAAGAAUUCUGGCCUGAAUUGCUGGAGCUGGCAGUCAUGUGUGCGUGAGGUGUGCUUGCUUGUGUGUAUGAAUGGUGUUUUGCUCUUUUGCCGAUGAAGGCUGUGGCUGAAAGCUUUGUGUAUCUUUUAAUUGCACCUGUUUGCAACUUAAUGUGUCUUCUUUAUGGUAAGUAGCAAUCUAUCUUUUUCCUGCAUUGUUGAUGUUACUACCUGUAGUUUUCAUUGUCUGAAAUAUUUUGCAACUUUGUGCAAUGUCUGUAACAUACUGUCUGUUUACAACCCAGUCUUCAAUAAUAAUUCACCGAACUGAUUUAUCAUAAGUUUAUCAUGGUAAUUCCCUCCGAAAUCAUUAUAAAUUUCCAGAAUUUACUAACAGUAAUGUCUCUGAUUUCCUUUUUGACUUCUCCCAAUACUCUCUUUUCUCAGUUUUUUAAAUUGUAAAUCUGUUCCUGUAUACACCAAUAAAAUGCAAGUUUGUCUACUGAUGCAAAUGUUUAUUACAUUUUGCUGGUAUAAUCACACCUUUGUGAGCAUACAGAAUGUUGUCCAUUAUGCCCCCCCCCCUCCCCAUAGCCCACUGAGCUUCAGCAAGUUGUCUGCUUAUAUCUGUAUAUUUAUUGCUUAGCUCUCUCAUGCAGCACCUCUCGCACAGUGCAGGUUGAUUUCAGUAAUCACUGCUUUUAUCAUGAUUUGUCUCUAUGUCACUGUUUUAUUUGUAGUCCCUCUGCCAACUUCAUAAUGUUUCACAUGUGUUUAUUAGCUGUAUUACAACACAAGCAUCCUUCAUUUCUUUUAGUGUUCAAUUUGAGGAUUGUUUUGCACCAGUUUGGUUGUGAUAGCAAUGUGAUUAGCAAUAGAACUCCAUUCUUUCAAACUUCCUCAUUAUAUGUGUCUUUCAUAACUUAAUGUAUGUAGCUCGGUAAUCACCUUCCUUUACUAUUUUUUCAUUUUCCUAUCACACUAUCAUUCUUCAGAUUCCCUCGUAUUUCCAUAGGCCACUGCUUGCUUCUUUCUGCAGUAUAUUUCCACAAAUCUCUCCAUCAGUUUUAAGGAUGUCAUUUGUCACUUUAAUAGUCCUGAAUUGUUUCAACGUCUUCCUUUAAUUCAACCUGGUGGGGAUCCCAAAUACUUAUGCAGUAACCAAGAAUGAUGUUAAACGCAGGUGAGCUACACGUUCCUAGAAUUCUCCCAAUAAGAUGAAAUUAACCAUUCAACUUCCCUACUACCAACCUUACAUGCUUAUUCCAUUUUGUGUUAUUUUGCAAUUUUAUGCCCUGAUUUUUUUAAUAUUUAGAGCAGCCUGUUAUUCCUUACAGCAAGUAGAAAUUUUUUCUAAUUCAUCCUGUAACAUCCUAGUCACUCGAUGAUUUUUCCCGUACUACAGUCUCAGUAGCAAACAGUUGCAAAUUGCUGCUCACCUUAUCUGUCAGAUCAUUUAUGUAAAUAGAGAACAAGAAGGGUCCUACCAAUUCCCUACGCUUGGAUCUAAGUCUGCAUAGGGACACUAUGUCUAAUACUAUCUGGAAAUCUGGGGCUAUGGAAUAUCCAAGUUGCCCUUCAUCCAUCAUGGUUUGCACGAUACUGGACAAGAAGAGGGAAAGCUGAGUUUGGUGUGAGUGGUGCUUUCUAAAUUUGUGCUGAUUUGUGGACAGAAGAUUUUCUGCCUCGUGGAAAUUUAUUGUAUUUCAGCUUAGAAUAUGCUCACAUUAAUUUUCCUGAGUUAAUCAUCUGCAGGUGAGCACUAUGGUUGGGAGACAGUCCAUAGAGGUGCAGCAGGGUGGGGCUGUAGUUGUGAAAUCUAAUGGAAUACACUGCAGUUGUGAUGACAGAUUCUGGUGGUGCAAUCUGGUGCAUUGUGGGAGGCUAGUGACAGAGACAAAGGGCUUGUGUUAUCAGUUUAUUUACAAAAUGUAUGAUUAAUUCAGGUUUAUGAAAAAUCCCCAUUACACCCUAUACUUGAGUGCCUUCCUGCUUCACUAACUAUUGCUUCACAAAACAGUACAGAUCACUGUGUGAACAACAUUAACAAAACAAUUGCUGUUUGGGAGUCUUAUGGAAGCACUUUUAUGUUUUCGGAAGUAUUUAUUUAUGCUGUUAUGUUAUAAUUACAGCCAUUGAAGAGAUGGGGAUGAAGGGCAUUUACACUUCUGACUUACUCCCUCUCCUUUUCCAGUAUUUUGGACAUUAUAUAUAAAUAUAUAAUGAUUAAAGAUACACUUACAAUGUGUAAUUGUUCUUUUUACUUUGGUGUUUGAUUCCAUGAUAUAGUUCUUAGUGUCGUUGGCUACUAAGGUGGAUGUCCUAGAUUUUUAAUGUGUAGUAGUCUGGAAUGGAUCUAAUCACCCUUCAAGCCAAAUGAGAAACUGCUUGAUGAAAUAAGCAGCAAGAUUGACAAACAAUAUUUCAGUGCUGUCAGAUCAAAAGGCUUGCACAAGGUUAGCAGCCACACAACAUUUACAAUUUACUUUUAAUUUUUGUACAAAUAAAUCAUAGUGAUUAUGUUCAACAAUUGUGCCCUAUUGUACUUUUCACAGUUAAAAUAUUCAUAAAAUUUGGACUGUGCAUACAAAAUUUACCUCUGAAUACAAAUUUGCAGAAGAACUAAAGGUUUGUAAUAAGUAGCAUGAAAAGAUUGCAUAUUUUCAGAAGUGUGCUUUCUUUAUUUUUAUAAACAAAAUUUAUUUACUCUACUCUGCAGAUAUUUAUGGUGUUACAAAUAAAAUAAAAUCCUCUUUGUUGUCCUGCCUAUAACAUGGUUAUUGUUCCAAGAAGGAAUGACAAAUCUUAGUUUUAUAUCAGAUACAUGGUAUGAAUAUGACAAUAACUUUCCUGGAUAUAUACAAACUACCCAGGUGUAAGUUCUCUUGAUUCUUUUUUGUCUCCACAGAAAAUUUCAUUGUAUUACCUAUGCUGCAAAUACACGCCAUAUUCUUCAGCAUCUUGCUUUCUUAGACUGGUCUUGCUCUCCCAUGGCCUGUAUGUAGAUCUUUUGCUUGGCAACACCUUGUGUAAUAAUCAUAAAGCAUUUCUUUGUGCUUUUAGCAAUUUUAUUUAUUUCAUUCGAGAUGUAGCAAAAACAAAUAUGUGAUAUUUGAUAACAGCAUUUAUCUAUUACAGUGAUUUUUUAAAAAGUGAAGGCAGGCAUUUAAAAGAUGCAUAACAAAACAAAUAUUGGGAAGAGCUUUCUGGGACCAAAGGAUUUGCCAUUGUUGUUGCUUUAGCUAAUUUACAGAAUAUGUAAAACUGAUUGUAGAUCAGAAAUGAGCUGUGUUAAUACAUAAUAAAGACCAGACAGAGAAAAUUUAAUGAGAUAUUCUACACAAUAAAAGAAUGUUUGAAGAUGGUCAUCCAAGCCAAAAACCAGUUAACAUAAUAAAAGUAAUACUGUAGAACAAAAGCAGACUAGCAUUUUUCAUUUAUUAUGUCUUGAAGUUGUGAUAAAUUUAAAAUGUGAAAUGUGUGUUUCUGUGCUGGUUAAAAAUAUGAUUGUAACUAUUUAUUUGAAUUUUAGAGGACCUUCCACACAACUGUA